AUGACAUCUUUGUUCUCUAUUUCCGGUACGGAGAACCCAAGAACUUAUUACCUAGCUAUAAUCGACCAAUGCGAGACCGAGCUAGAGGAAUGGCGGAUGUCGAUACCAGCUAAUGUCCGACCGAGUGAACCGUACCGGACGCACACGUUACAGGGCAUGGUGCUUCGAGCAGCUGCUCUUGGGGUCCAUUUACUCUACAACAGUUUUAAAUUGAGCCUUUGCCGAGCGACACUGUACUUGGCUGCAAAUACUAGUCAUGUUGUAAGUCAGGCCCGCCAGGCUGAGAGCACGAGAAAUAUGAUGGAGACAUCGCGGUCCGUGUUAGAGCUGACGGCUUUCAUUGAUGUGGAACCAAACACACCACUAUGGAUACUAGCUGGUAUUCCAAUUGUUGCUCUCUUCGUACUAUUCGAUCUAGUAGUUACAAACCCAAAACACGCCGAGACGGCAACAAAUCUCGCUCUCCUUGACAUGGGUGGCGGCCACUUCAGCAGGCUUGAGUAUGCGAGCGGCGGUGGCCUCCCUGGCUCAUUGAUUGGCGAGUUUGCACAUAUUGCCCGCGAGUAUGUAAAUACCAUAAAGAGAGAGGGCAUAUCGAAUCAGAUUGUUGACAAACAGCCACACAUAUUGACGAAAUCGCCAACCGGGACCUCAAGAUCUCUUGGCAGAACCGGGCAACCACCUUGUGAGAACAGCAUCUCUCAUAUAUUAGACCCAUCUCCAAAUGUCGAAUCAGCACAGGUACCAGAAAAUCUUCUUUUCGACGGCGAUGCAUCCUUACCAAUCGACGAUGCUUUAUUCUUCCCAAUUAAUGACGGGUACUUUGAAAUGGAUGAUGAAGUCCCUCUCGGCACCGAUAUUAUGGAUCUUUUUAACUCAGCCAUGCCGGGUAUAGAUCCGUACUAUAACCCAAUGAUAGGUGGCGAUCCCCAAGAUUAG